CGCACGCACCUUCUCUCCACCACCACACUGCACCAGAGUUCAAGCACCCCUCACAACUUGUAAAUCCCCGAUAUCUUGUUUGUUUCCACACUCUCCCUGCACUCAUACUCAUCUCUACCGGGCACUGUCGCCAUUAUGGUCGCCACUCGACGAUCUGGUAGGAAAGCGCCAGAGGUCGAGGCCGCCGCUUCCACCUUGAACGCGCCUCCCAAACGCGCGACAAAGCGCAAGGCCGCCGAGGAAGCGCCUGUCGAUACAACAACUACUAGAGCAACCAAAGCAAGCAAGGCAAGCAAGGCGGAGCCCAAGACGAAGAAGCCAGCCGCCAAAUCUGCCGCCUCAAAGCCGGCUGCUAAAGUUGCAGUCUCUACCACCACAACCACGAGGACUACGCGGACACGGCGCGCGCCACAGCCCUCAGAUCAGGAACAAGAACAACAAAUAGAAGAGCCACAGGUUCAGCCAUCUGAGCCCGAGCCCGAGCUUGAGGCUGAGCAGGAAAAAAGCGUCACAACUACCGCGAAGCGUGCCGUACGAGGCCGAAAACCUGCGGCGAAGGAAAUCGAGCCCGCACCCGUGCCUACAGAACCCCCCCAAAAAGCCACCCGCGGCCGAAAAGCCCAAGAGCCCGCGCUACUUACUGUUCCAGAAGUUGAUGCUAAAGCCCCCGCAACGCAAAAGCUCCCAGCAAAGACUACCACCACCACCAGGUCCACACGUGCCCGGGCGACUACAACUGUAACCAAAGCGGCCGAAUCUACAUCCACUCUGAGAGCACCUGCGCGUAAACCCGCCACCCGCAAGCCCAGGGCUACCGCUAAAGCUACAAACAAAGUUGAAGCUACUCCCGAGCCUGUCCCUGUUGUGGAGGAACCGCUUACCGAGUUUCCAAACUGGCCAAACACUCCAGCGCACAUUAAAGCACCAAUUUCCAAUCAAGAUGCCAUUGAAGCUCUACCGAAGCAAUUUCCCUCCACACCUCACCCAUUCCUCGAGGCCUAUCAUAAUCGAACGGCCAUCGAAACCCUCCCCAAUCAGUAUCCCGGUACGCCUCACGAGUUUGUAGACGCGUACGGCAACAAAAAGGCAAUGGAAAAUUUGCCAGAGGCUUUCCCGGACACUCCUCACCAUGUCCUGAAUGCGUAUUCGAACCAACAAGCUCUAAAUACUCUGCCUGAUUACCCCAAAACGCCAAAUCACGUUCUGAAUGCAUUUUCGAACCAACAAGCUCUCGACGCCUUGCCUAAUUAUCCCAAAACGCCAUCGGAUUUCUUGGAGGCUCAAGACAAUCGUAAUGCCCUAGAUACCCUCCCGAAAGCGUUUCCGGAGACGCCGGCUCAUGUCCUAGACGCAUACUCGAAUCAACAAGCUCUUGAUACUUUGCCUAGCUACCCGAAGACCCCCUCAGCUUUCCUCGAGGCGCACGACAAUCGUCAAGCUCUAGACAUCCUGCCAAGGGCGUUCCCUGAGACGCCGAUUCAUGUUCUUGAUGCGUAUUCUAAUCAGCAAGCUAUGGAUACGCUGCCUGGUUACCCGAAAACUCCAUCUGCCUUUCUAGAAGCACAUUCAAACAAGCAGUCUAUCAGAGAUUCGUCCGCUUCCGCUCGCAAUUUAUCUAGCCCCCACAAAGAGUCUAUUCAAACAGCUCAAGGCUCUCCCAAGAUGCCCUCCGAGAUUGAGACGUUUUCUCAAGGACGUUUCAGCUCUCCCAAGACGCUCUCUGAUGCUGAGUCAACUGUUCGAGAGGCGCUGAGUUCCCCCAAACUGCCUUCAGAAAACGGAGCCGUCAUUCAUGAGGCUCCAUGCUCUCCCAAGAUUUCCUCUAAAAUCGAGGCAAUCACUCAAGGGGCUUCAAGCUCUCCAAGAAUUCUCUCCGAUAUUGAAUCCGCUAUCCAGGAAGCUCUUAGUUCCCGCCCACACACUCCCGACAUGGGUGACACGUCAUUUGAAAACCUUCAAACAUCUGUCAACAAAUGGUCUGACGCGCUCAAAGAGCGUGAGCAAGCCUGUAAAACCCCGGAUGCUGAAUUGGCUGUUGAAAGUCAAGACAGCAACAUUCCGGUCACUUCUGGAAUAGUUCUCUCGGCGAUCUCUUUCGCGCCGUCUUUACCAGUACCUAUGCCUGUUUCGCCAACCAAGUCGGCUCUACGGUCUCCCCUCAAGGCCGUUUCAAAGACACCAAAGAAGGUUGUUACAUGGCAAGAAGAAUGUGAAGGCAAUGCUUCUAACGAAGAGGAGCCGUUGCAAGGCAUGAUAUUCUUCGUCGAUGUCAUGUCGAAUGGCAGGGAUCAAUCGUUCCUCUUCACUACCCUGCUCGAAGAUCUAGGGGCUAAAGUUCUUCGUGAAUACAACGAGCAUACAUACUUGACCCAUGUCCUUUGGAAGGAUGGGAACAUGUCCACCUUGGAGCUGGUUGCUGGGUCUCACGGCAAAGUCAAAUGUGUUAAUGUUGGUUGGGUCUUGGAUUCUGAAAAGAACAAGAAGCGCAUGGACGAGGACCCCUACAUCGUUGAUCUGAGUUGGUUUACAGAGCCAAAGCCACAACCUUUCACUCCGGCAAGAACUCCGGCACAUUUUCUAGCGGCAGUUCAAGAGAAGUCCAGCUCCAUCAAGGCUAUCCCGAGCACACCGACUUCAUCGGAAUUCGAUCGAUCAAUCAACUUCGACGACGAUAAGGAGAAUUCGGAGCUUGGCAUUUAUUUCCAGGACUAUGCUAAGACAGCCCCUCGUCCAAAAGCGACCUGGCUGAUGAAUAAGUCACCAUUGAAAACACCGUCGAAGCAAAACUUUCUGUACCAACAGCCUAUCAAGGCACUUUCAACAGCCAAAAAGCGAUCUGCAGGAGAAAGCUUCGGUGCAUUCGCCUCGGUUCCCCCAAAGAAAUUGAGAUUUGUCUAAAUGCAUCUGCCUAUCCCGCUUCUUUUUCCGCGGCUUGAGGGUUGAGCACAUGGGUUGAGGCUGUCUACGGAAUUAGCCUCCCCUUGCUCCCCAACAUUGCCAGGUCGAAGGGGCUUGAAUAUGGCGAUAUGUUUAGACAUGAAUUAGUUUUCGAAUAGUGAGCUGGGUCAAAAAAGACGCAAACUGAAAGAUAGUAGUCGUUGCAUUGUAUAUGGUGAUCAGGAAGGGGUUUUGGCGAAAAUUGGGUGUGUAUGC